AUGGCUGAGACAACAAGAACCUCCUCCUCUCCCAGCGAGAGUAUCUCUGCGACCUCAGCCAAGCCCACCACGGGCACCACCUCCUCUACCAGCAAGAGCAGCCCCACAAGCUCUGCCAAGCCCAACACUGGCACCUCCUCCUCUGCGAGUGAGGGCAGUCACACGACCUCGGUCGAACCCUCCACGGGCACCUCCUCGUCACCCAGCGAGAGCAGCCACAUGACUUUGGCUGAGUCCACCAUUGUCACCGCCUUCCCUUCCAGAAAAAGCAGCCCCACGGCCUCGGCCAAGUCCACCACUGGCACCCCUUCCUCUCCCAGCAAGAUCAGCCACAUGACCUCGGUCAAGUUCACCAAGGGCACCUCCUCUUCUUACAGUGAGAGCAUCUCCACGACCUCGGCGGAGCCCACCAUGGGCAUCUCCUCCUCUCCCAGCGACAGCAGCCACAGGACCGUGGCCGAGAACACAAUGGGCACUUUCUCCUCUCCCAGGAAGAGCACCCCCAUGACCUUAGCCGAGUCUACCACUGGCACCUCCUCCUCUCCCAGUGAGAGUAUCUCCACGACCUCGGCUGAACCCACCACGGGCACCACCUCCUCGUCGCCCAAGCAGA